CACUAACUUUACGUUUUCUCUUCUCUCUCAGACAAAAAGAAACUACAACCUUAUUCUCCUUCUAUCCUAUUCCUAGGCACUCUCACACCAACAGAAGAAACUCUCUGGUUUUUAGAGAGAGAAAGAGAAGGAGAGAGAAAAAAGAUGGAGAGAAAAGUUUUGCUGGUAAGCUGUGCUGUGGGUUUUUUAGGGCUAUUAUCAGCUGCUACUGGGUUUGGUGCAGAAGCUACUAGGAUUAAGGGUUCUCAGGUUGAAUUCCUCUCUAAUACUCAAUGUGUAUACCCCCGGAGCCCGGCAAUGGCUCUUGGGCUAACUGCAGCGGUAGCUCUUAUGGUAGCUCAAAUAAUAAUAAACGCUUCAACAGGAUGUAUUUGUUGCAAAAGAACCAUCCAACCACUUAACUCAAAUUGGAAAAUGGCACUCGUGUGCUUCGUCGUUUCCUGGUUCACAUUUGUGAUAGCGUUUCUUCUGUUGCUAACUGGAGCUGCACUUAACGACCAACACGGUUUAGAAAGCAUGUACUUUGGCAACUAUUACUGUUACGUUGUGAAGCCAGGAGUGUUCGCUGGAGGUGCCGUUCUGUCUGUUGCAAGCGUUACACUUGGGAUCCUCUAUUACCUCACCUUUACUCCAGCGAAGAGCGGAAACAAUCCGUGGGGCAGUUCGGUUCCCAAUCAGAGUGGCAUAGCCAUGGGGCAGCCCCAGUUCCCACCGCAGAACAGUCAGGACCCAGUUUUUGUACAUGAAGAUACUUAUAUGAGACGACAGUUCACCUGACGGAUUCGGAAGACGGCCGACAUGAUUGUGAUUUUCUACUUUGGAGAUAAUAUCUUCAGCAAAAUUUUUGUGGGGAUUUUCUGCAGUAGCAUUUUGGUUUAAUAUCCCUUCUUUUGUUAUGUUUAUAAUAUGCGCAAAGUUAUUCACCAAUGUAUAUUGUAAAACAGGGAUUUCUUUCUAUAUAAGCUGGAUGGAUUAUUGUUAUGACAGUAUUCACAGAAGCAACGAAGUCCCAUUACUCGUGGAAGAUUGUGUUUG